CCUGGCUCAACUCCCAACUUGCUAUUCGGUCCCUUUAACUCAUCUCUCGUCUCCAUUCAUUACAUUGCCCCCACAUUAAUCAAUCACAAAAGCAGAGGGAACAAACAAACGCACUCGAGAAACGACCAUUUUGCCAAUUAUGGUUAAGCUUGCACGCUCUUCGUGCCUUACAUCAUUGGUCUUGCUCUCCUCGUUCGCAUUCGCCGUUUCGACGAGAGAGCGAGUCCCGACUCCCCCGUUGCCGAUCCUCCCUCUCCCCUCGUACUCCCAGCUCAAAUGGCAGCAGAGAGAGAUCAUCAUGUUCUUCCACUUCGGCGUCAACACCUUCACCGACUCCGAGUGGGGGACCGGGCACGAGGACCCGGCUAUAUUCGACCCGGUUGGCCUCAACGCGAACCAGUGGGUGAGUGCGGCCGCGGACGCCGGGAUCUCGCUCGUAAUCUUGACUGCGAAGCACCACGACGGGUUCUGCUUGUGGCCUUCCAAGUACACCGAUCACUCGGUGGAGAGCAGCCAUUGGAAGGGCGGGAAGGGGGACGUGGUUCGAGAGUUUGUGGAUGCAGCUAAGGCUCACGGGGUCGAUGCAGGGCUGUACUUGUCCCCGUGGGAUAGGCACGAACCGAGAUAUGGUCACUCCCUGGAGUACAAUGAGUUUUACUUGGCGCAACUACAAGAGCUUCUCACCAAGUACGAGAGCGUGAGGGAGAUAUGGUUCGACGGAGCGAAGGGUUCAAAUGCACCGAACAUGACCUAUUACUUCACGGAGUGGUUCUCGAUGGUGAAGGAGUUGCAGAGCUCGAUCAACAUAUUCUCGGAUGCAGGUCCUGACGUGAGGUGGGUCGGGAAUGAGAACGGAUCUGCAGGGACUACUUCUUGGGCCACCAUCAACGGGACUGCUCUCUCCAUCGGGAAUGCCAGCAUCGAAAGGUAUCUAAGUACUGGCGAUCCAAGGGGGACUGAUUAUAUUCCGCCGGAGUGCGACGUCUCAAUUAGAAAAGGAUGGUUCUGGCACAAGUCGCAGUCCCCGAAAAGGCUAAGCGAACUGCUCCAAAUAUAUUACAACUCGGUGGGGCGAAACUGCGUGAUGCUUCUCAACGUGCCGCCGAACACGACGGGCCUCAUAUCCGAGACGGACGUGCACAGAUUGAAAGAGCUGAGGAAUGCGUUGGACACCAUCUUCUCGGUCAAUUUAGCAGAGAGAUGCUCCGUAAAAGCGAGCAGCCGGAGAGGAGGCAAGGACGGCGGGUUCGGGCCCGAGAACGUGCUGGACAGCGACCACCUGUGGACGUAUUGGGCACCAGGGGACAAAGACGACGACAAGGACCGCUGGAUCGAGAUUAGGGGGGCGGCCGGCGGGCUCAGAUUCAACGUGAUCAGGAUCCAGGAGGCGGUGGGGCUCGGUCAGCGGAUCGGACGGCACGAGAUCUACGUGGAUGGCAAGAAGGUGGUUCAAGGGACGACGGUGGGAUACAAGAGGCUUCACAGGCUCGAGGGAGGCGUGGUCAGCGGCAGCGUGGUGAGGGUCAGGAUCACGGAGUCGAAGGGCUUGCCCCUCGUCUCUUCCAUCGGCCUGCAUCUCGACCCGUACUGGCAACCCAAGGAUGGGAACUGGUUCUGAUGAAAUGAAAAUGGCCGUGGAGAGGGAUCGGCGCACGCGAUGAAGGUACUUGUGAAUUGAAUUUGUCCUUAAAAGAAGAAAAUGGAAAGUCAAACCUUUGCAAGUGUGCCAUCAAAGCUUGAUCUACCUAUCAUCUUAUCCAUGUUAUUCUUCAACACAAUCUCUUUUGAUAUAUUACAAAUGUGAACGAUGAAUUUUUUUACUAGAAUAGUCAAAUAGUUUCGAUUUCUCGUGCACUUGAAUACUUUGUUAGACAUGGCACCGUGCCUUAAUUCGUGAUUUGUGGUGCACCCGCAUGUUAUCGAA